AGGCAGCGGCGGCGGCAGCCGGGGAGGCCGGGGCUGCGCGCGGGCCGGGGGCGGGGGCUGGGGCCGGGCCCGGGGCGGCGGGGCCGGCGCCUCCGCUCUCCUCCAGCUCCUGCUUCAGCCUCUGCUCCCGCUGCUGCCGUGGCCCCUCUCCGCGCGGCCCUCCGCGCUGCGUGCCCGCCGAGCCCGCCGCUCCCCGGCCCAUGUACUGGAAGCAUGAGAACGCCGCCCCGGCGCUGCCCGAGGGCUGCCGGCUGCCGGCCGAGGGCGGCCCCGCCACCGACCAGGUGAUGGCCCAGCCAGGGUCCGGCUGCAAAGCGACCACCCGCUGCCUUGAAGGGACCGCGCCGCCAGCCAUGGCUCAGUCGGACGCCGAGGCCUUGGCAGGCGCUCUAGACAAGGACGAGGGUCGGGCCUCCCCUUGUACACCUAGCACGCCAUCUGUGUGCUCACCGCCUUCUGCCGCUUCCUCCGUGCCGUCCGCCGGCAAGAACAUCUGCUCCAGCUGCGGCCUCGAGAUCCUGGACCGGUAUCUGCUCAAGGUCAACAACCUCAUCUGGCACGUGCGGUGCCUCGAGUGCUCCGUUUGUCGCACGUCUCUGAGGCAGCAGAACAGCUGCUACAUCAAGAACAAGGAAAUCUUCUGCAAGAUGGACUACUUCAGCCGAUUUGGGACCAAGUGUGCACGGUGCGGCCGACAGAUCUAUGCCAGCGACUGGGUGCGGCGGGCACGCGGCAACGCCUACCAUCUGGCCUGCUUCGCUUGCUUUUCGUGCAAGCGCCAGCUGUCCACGGGCGAGGAGUUUGGUCUGGUUGAAGAGAAGGUGCUGUGCCGCAUCCACUACGACACCAUGAUCGAGAACCUCAAGAGGGCCGCCGAGAACGGGAACGGCCUCACGCUGGAGGGGGCAGUGCCCUCGGAACAGGACAGUCAGCCCAAGCCGGCCAAGCGCGCGCGGACAUCCUUCACCGCUGAGCAGUUGCAGGUUAUGCAGGCGCAGUUCGCGCAGGACAACAACCCCGACGCACAGACGCUGCAGAAGCUUGCGGACAUGACUGGCCUCAGCAGGAGGGUCAUCCAGGUGUGGUUUCAAAACUGCCGGGCGCGUCAUAAAAAGCACACACCGCAGCAUCCCGUGCCGCCCUCCGGGGCGCCGCCGUCCCGCCUCCCUUCCGCCCUGUCCGAAGACAUCCACUACUCCCCGUUCAGCAGCCCCGAGCGGGCGCGCAUGGUCACCCUGCACGGCUACAUUGAGAGUCAUUCUUUUCCAGUACUAGCGCCGUUGGCACUUCCGCAUCCGUCCGCGGGCGCCCCACAACUGCCCCGCAGCCGCCGGAAGCCCGUGCCCGAGCCACUGCCAGGGGCCCACCCGCUCCGCACCCGCCCCUCGCCCACCGUCCCGCCCGCCGCCAGCCGGGCCCCCGGGCCUGGCCUUCCCUUCUCCUGCUGAGAACCAGAACCUGCCAAGAGCACUGCGGAGUCCUCCUCUCCCAAGGCAGAGCUCCCUGAAAUUUGGAAUCAGGGCGAAAACAACGGCCUGUGUUUCCACUUAGACAGGAGUCAUCUUCAACUUAAGCUGAUUACAAUAGCAAAAGGCCAAAUUGAACCGUGCAACGCCAACAGCCUUCUAAUUUACAGGUUUUCUUUCCUCCCAUAUUGGCCUUUAUUUACUACUUCCUUGCAACCAUCUCUGAAUUCUGAAUAGCCGACAACCCCCCCAAUGUUAUCCACUCUGUUGCUUUUGUCUGGAAAACUCUACAGUGUUUGUGGGAUGUCCCCAAAGGAAAGCUAUGUUCUAAUUUUAUCAUUUCCAUCUGUCUGGUUAUGUCAAGUUAAUUCAGAGAGAGAAGAGACACUGACCAACCCUGAGAGGCCCAGCAGGGCAGAGAUGGAGCCCUGCCCAGACCAAGAGGCAGGGGAUCGGCAGGGACUGGGGGGAGGGGGCGGCAGAGGCUCCCAUUGGAGAAGCAUGUGGCAUAGUGGGCUGGGGGAGGCACGAGCUCUUUUAAGGAGAGGGAAGAGAAAACUCGGGGUGUUUAGGGGGAAGACCGUUCCUACCUAGUCAUCCAGCCAUAUACACAGGAGACUGGCGGAGCUGGUGUAUGAAACGCACGACGGCAUUUCUGAACGUUUCGGGGUUAGAAUCGGGAGCCCUCACUGGCUACUUGUUGACUCCCGAUAGGGGCGUUUGGGUCAUGUCUUCCUUGGAGGGGCCGUUCAGUGGAGGCAGGGCGGAGCUGGAGAAACAGAGCCCUGGGAAAUGGCAGAAUGCGGAUUCUGAACCCGGCUCUGAGUAGAGAGAAGGGACCUGCUGCGGAGGUGAGUGUGCCAAGCCUAGGAUCCCAGCGGGCACUCCCCACCACCCCUGCCCAGAGCCAGCCCCACCCACUCCCGAGAAUGCAGGCCAGACACAGCUGUGCUCACAUCCACCCCGCUGUGCCGCAACUCUUCCACCCCAAACAAAAGGGCUUCGGCUGCACAAGACCAUGAUUUAUGUUUUCAGGGGACGCCCAUUUGUCCCAGACUUCGCCUGUAAUUUCAGAAUUACUUGGUGUCCUGAUGCAUUUCCCACUAGAGGCUGCUGGUAGGCAUGUGCUAGCCCGAAUCCUCCCUCCUGCUUUGGUUAGCCUGACCUGCUGCUCUUGGAAGGAGACCCCAGGACAGGGAAAGCAAGUUCAUGGCACGUAUGUACCGGCUGUCCCUGUUGUCAGAGGUGGUAGGCGUCGCUAAUUGAUUGCAUCUCUCUGUCUCUCUGAGUCUGGAUGAGGUUUCGAUAUCCAAAUGCUUGAAGCUGGCACUUAAAACAAAAACCUAUUUGCCUUUCUCGCCCUGGGACCUGGAGGAGGGCCAGGCCCAGGUAUAGCCCAAGUUGGGAACCCGCUUCCUUUCCCUUCUGAAGACCGUUCCAGGUGACUCGGGGCCAAGAGAAGGUAGCACCAGAAUGCGGUCAGUGCAGCUCAGUUCAGAGCUCAUCCACUGAAUAGCUCGUACCUGGCCAUGCACAGGGUGCUGAUGUUAACAAAAGGAGCUGGGGCCUGGUCCCUGGUGAUUGGGGAGCUCUGUUUCCUUUGAUUUUUGCUCCUGAUGUCGAAGCCCUGAGCACAACCAUGUGGUAAGUGGCCAGCCAAGCCCUGCCCAAGUGGGUCACCUAGUACCCACUCUGCCUUGAGCCUCCCCCCACCCCAGGGUCUGUUCCUUGCGUGGAUCAUGUGGUUGUAGCAUGUUGCCAUUCAGACAGGUCUCCACUAGCCUGUUAGAGCAGCCUGGGAAGCCUGGGAACACACAGGCCACCAAGACUAUUUAUUUAAAUACAAAACAGAGGGAGAAAACACACACACGGAAAAAAAAAAAAAUGUAAGCACUUUUUUUGUAAAACCAAUGUCUGUUUUGUUACAUACCUUUCAUGUUGUGCUUUGUAAAUGUCCUAUUUGUGUAAUAAAUAAAGUUAAUGCAA